GGUUAGUCUGGGAAAACUAUUAGAGGAACUCCUUACUGUACACUACAAGUUUGACAGCUUUGACGCUUCAUUCAGUGAAUCAGAGUUAUUCUAAAUGUUUAGUGUUUUACUUUAGUUUUGUGACAAUCUUCGUACUGAAGCUUGUUGGUGUUUACAUAACUAACAGGCUCAAAUAUGCAGAACUACGCAGAGACAGUCAGAGAGUUUGUGGAGAGGCACGCCUUGGGUUUAACUGCUGCUGUUGUUGCAGGGGCAGGCGUGCUGGCCUUGCGCAGGUGGAUGGCUGGGGGAGUGUGUCGGAGCAAGGUCAGGCUGGAUGGGAAAACAGUCCUCAUCACAGGAGCCAACACUGGCAUUGGGAAGGAGACGGCCCUGGAUAUGGCCAAGCGGGGAGCCAGAGUGAUCCUCGCCUGCAGAGACAUGACCAGAGCCCGCAUCGCAGCUGACGAUAUCCGGCAGCAGAGCGGAAACGGCAAUGUGGUGGUAAAGAAACUGGACCUGGCCUCGCUGCAGUCUGUCAGGGACCUGGCCAAAGAUGUGCAGGAGAAUGAGCAACGUUUGGACAUCCUCAUCAACAAUGCAGGUAUCAUGAUGUGUCCUAAGUGGAAGACUGAAGAUGGCUUUGAAAUGCAGUUUGGUGUCAACCACCUGGGACAUUUUCUCCUCACCAACUGUCUCCUUGAUCUGCUCAAGAAGUCAACUCCAAGUCGCGUCGUCAUUGUCUCCAGCCUGGCACACGAGAAAGGCCGUAUACACUUUGAUGACAUCAACCUUGAUAAAGACUACAAACGCCAGGACAGCUACCGCCAAAGCAAGCUGGCUAAUGUGCUCUUCUGCAGAGAGCUGGCUAAGAGACUACAAGGCACUGGUGUGACAGUUUACAGUCUUCACCCCGGGGUCAUUAACACCGAGUUAGGCCGCCACUUGUUCCCUACUUUAGCUCUGUGGCAGAAGAUCGUAGCAGCGCCAUUUAUGAUGAUGAUCAAAACUCCCAGGGAAGGAGCUCAGACCACCAUCUACUGUGCUGUGGACGAGAAAGAGGCAAACGCCAGCGGCCUCUACUACAGUGACUGUGCACCCAAAACGCCGGCCCCGCAGGCCCUGGAUGAUGUUGCAGCCAAAAAGCUGUGGGACCUCAGUGCCUCCAUGGUUGGUCUGGCUUAAACACAACAUCCUGCCUUGCUUUUAUCACCUACUCCUCCUGCUGGAGUCAGCUGCUCUGUUUAUACAGGUGGAUCAAAGGAGCUUUAUUAUUACCUAAUGGGUAAGGGCGAUGCAUUAAUAAUGAUGAUUUGUACCUGUCUUUUAGACAGAUCAGAGGGUCAGAUAAUUUUAGACCUAAAAUAUUUGCUAAUGAGAACAAAAUUUUGCACUAUAUAACCUCAGACUCUAGUCAGUUGAUUGGAUAUUAUAACUAGGUGUAUGGCUUUAUCUUUAUAUCAUGCAGAUUGUGCACUAUGAAUUAUGCUUUAUUGUAUAUCCAUGGUAUGCUGCUAUAUCCUUAUAGAAAUGAGGCAACACCUGCUUUAUAAUCUACGAUAUUGGCUGAUUGUUCGCAUUUUUUAAAGUUUCUUUAUUGUUUUGUUUAAGGACACAUAACGUGUACAUUGCAAAGGCAGCAGUCUGUAUCCAACAUAGAUGCAAGAUAAAGUAAUGUCCAGUUAAGACAGAUAACAAAGAGAAAAAUAAAGUAACAAUACAAAGAAAGGGAAAAAGUACACAUUGAAACAGCAGUAAUUAUAAUAAGUAUUUGGGAGAACAAAAUAAACACCCUGGCAACACAGAUGUGACAGAAAUGAUGAUGUGGUGCACCAUAGAUAGGGCCUAGUCACCUAACAUCAAGCACAUAAGACAUGAGUCAGUUCACUUUCUUUUUUACCUUUGACAUUUUUUUUUACUUGGAAAAUACUAAAAUGCUUAUGGGCCAAACAGGCUCAUCAACAUUUUUUUCAUUUUAUGAUUUGUGCUGAAUUUGUACUUACAAGACUUCAAACUGCUGCUUUUAUUGCUACCUAACAAUUGCCAGCAUACAGUAAAGUGACUGUACAGUUUGUAUAACUGAGUCUGUAUCAACCUCGUCGCAGAAGAGUCAUAAAAACAUUUAAAGCAAUACUACAUUUUCUUAAGAACUACAAGGAAAGGAAGAUGACAGCCUAUUUGCAUACAGACUGAAGAAGUAGACUGUGUUGAAGUUGUGUUGAAGUGUUGCUGGGAAGUGACCUUAUGUGUCGGCACUGAGGGGGAGGGAUUGUUGCACUCCAGAGGAGAGAGGAUCCUCCACCAGGUGUAGAGAGGGAGUGGACGCCUCAGGGGCAGAGAGCAGUUAGGACGCAGCCAGUUGAUCCAAAGGACUCGUCAGCUUACUGAAUGUCCUCCUGAGUAGGUGUGUGUGAGAGUGUGUGUGUGUUUCCUCACACAGUGGGUGCUGUUUGUUGUAUUAUGAUUUGUUACUUUCAUUUUUUUUGAGGUGAGAAUUGAACUGUGUGUUUUAGUUAACCAAAGUUACAUAAAAUGAACAAAGUGUACAGCAGGUAAACACAAGCAGUGUAACAUUAACGGCAAUAAAUGUCUGAUUACAAGUGA